CCCUAACUUGAGACGAGGCCUACUAUCACCUUCGACGUAGGAAGUUAGACACACGGAUGUCGCAACCUUUGUGGUCAUGCGGACCUUCGAGGAAAACCAGCGACGCUGGUCUUCUUUAUUUGGAACCUCGAUUGGGGUCGACUUGCGGCAAGCAUUGAGAGACGACGAAGGAUUUGACCCCUGCGAAGAUGGACUGCGAUCAGUCUGCUGGAAGGCAUUCCUCCUCUACGGCCCGCUAAGCCAAGGGUCCUGGCCAAAGAAGUUGUCAGAGUCUCGGUCAGCAUAUAACUCUCUGCGCAACCAUUUUCUACGCUUUAUCGAGCAUCCAAACGACCUACAUUCUUCAGCAGAUCCUCUUGCGGAUGACGACAACUCUCCAUGGUCGACGCUACGGCAGGAUGAGAUAUCCAGAGAAGAAAUCUUCCAGGACGUAACACGAUGCAUGCAGGAUAACUACUUCUUCCGAGAACCUGCGACGCAGAAGAGGCUGUUGGACAUUUUGUUCAUCUACGCAAAGUUGAACCCAGAUGUCGGCUAUCGACAAGGCAUGCACGAAUUGUUGGCUCCAAUGUUGUGGGUUGUUCAUCAAGAUGCAGUCGAUCCCACCUGCGUUCCCGACACGAGUCAGCACGUUGAGGGUAUCGACUUUAUGCAAGAAGUGCUGGACCACAAGCAUGUCGAGCAUGACGCGUUUAGUCUCUUUUGCGCCGUGAUGCAGACUGCGAAGGUAUUUUAUGAGACUGGCGACGGCAAGGAUUCGUCACCUAUCAUUGCAAGAAGCAGAAAGAUCCACGACGAAAUACUUGCGGCUGUCGAUCCAGAAUUGGCCCUUCAUUUGCACGUCGUCGGGAUUCUACCCCAAAUUUAUUCCAUUCGCUGGAUCAGACUUUUGUUCGGACGUGAAUUCGAAUUUCAGAACGUCCUUCGUGUCUGGGAUCUCCUCUUCGCCGAGAACUUGAGGCCGGAUAUUGUCGACUUGACUUGCGUCGCAAUGCUGCUAAGAUCUCGCUGGUCUUUGAUCGACGCUGAUUACACUACUGCUAUCACUGCAUUGACUCAUUACGCACUGCCUGAUUCGUCCGGAGAACCUCGGUCUCUGGUGAAGGAUGCAAUAUUUCUUGACAGGAACCGAAACACAGAGGCAGGGGCGACUGUCAUUCAGCAUUACACAGCCCGGCGACCAAAGCAGCCCGAAGGGUUCCGCAGCCAUAGCUCUUCAGCAGUCCGAGCAGCUCAGACUCCGCGCCAUCGACAUUCUCCUAGUGGCUCACCAGGGAGAUUUGCCUCCUCUCAGAAACAACUGGAAGGCUUGUUCCAAGAGGUAGCGGGUGGUCUACAAAGACGCACCGAGGGAUGGAAUGUUUCGAAGACCGUGCGAAGCGCAGUGGGCGAGAUCCAUCGCAACAUGAACAAUUAUCAGACUUCGAACACUCGCCAGGCCGGUGGUGAUAUCCGUCAUCUUGACAAACCCGAAGAUGCAACUGUAAUUCUUCAAAGCAGACUCCAGGAGCUGCAAGACCGGAAUGCUCUCCUGUCCAAGAUGCUCGAAGACGCCGUUCAGUCCUUACGGUCCGUUAAAUUGACCAGCAAAGAGAGUGCAGAGGAGGCUGAACAAAACCUCAACAUCUCGCUAGCCAAGAUACAGUUCGUUUCUGUUUAUCUAUCCGAUCCAGAUAUUCCCAUCCCCAAGGAGGAGAAUUCGCGGGACGCACAGACCCCUAUGUCAGAGACAAAGUCUCCUCCAGAACAAACAGAAACACUCGCAGCACAGAUCCCGACAAUCGGAGGAGAUGAAGAAAGCUCGAAGAAAGACGCCGUCCCAGUGACGAGGAAAAAGGUCAAUAACCGGACGAACAAAGUCCCGUCGCGGCCGUCGCUCAUGGACUCUUCGUUCUCGUUCAUGCUCGGGGAGAACAGGCAUCGCUCAAGCUUUGUGAGCUCUGUCGCUGCGUUACCGGAGCAGAAGAGGGGCAGCGAGUCAAAGGGCGGACCGGCACAGGCAUCGACAGACGCGAAUACUCAGCAAGAUCGCAAAGGAGCCGAGACUGAGGAUGAUGGGUUCACGCUGACCAAACUUGAAAGCGGGCGAACAGGCUGACGGACGAGGAUGUCAGGGCCAGCUCCUUUAACUGAUGAAGGCUGUCUAUCCCUGCCAACCGAGGACCCGGAAACCCAUGAAGAAGAUCUGUCCGUCGACUGACCUUCUGUCACAGGUUCAAAGAAACUCCAUGAUAGUGCUUUUAUUCGGUACACUAGAGGGCCCCCGCCAAUGCCGCAAUGAAAUGGCUUCCACAGACAUUGCGAGUUGGACGAUAAAAUCCGUACCAAGGUGGCAACGUACGUUGAGAGCCCUGUUGUAGUUGGGAAUCUCGAUGGCUUCUAUGGAAUGCUGUUUACGGGAAUGUAGAAAUCGUGUUUGGCAGAUGAGAGAUGAGUCCCUAAAUGAGAUUUUUAUCCUGGC